CGUACCGUAGUGCGCGCGCCAUCUAUUGUGCGCAAAGACAACCACUUGUUUGUUUACAAAAUCUUGAGGCAGACGUAACGGCAACGCUCAACAUAUCUCCAUUCAUCGUCAUCGUUAUGGCCCCAGAAAAGACUGAUCCAGAAGGAGAUGGUGUGGCAAACACCAGCACUGUCUCAGAAGAUGGAGUGGUUGGGGCAGAAGGGGAGCAUGAUCCUUACUUUGAACCUGUGGUCACACUGCCUGAAAUACAAGUGAAAACAAAUGAGGAGGAGGAAGAGGAAAUGAUAAAGUUAUGCCCGAUUGUUCAAGGAGAAGUUUGAUGAGGCCCGUGGUAUUGUGACAGUAGCAACAGUAGCAGCUCAGGAGGCAGUAGAAAAAGAAGAGCAGACAGAAGACAAAAGUAAUAAAGAAGAGGUUGAAAAGAAAGGAGAGGAAGAUGGGAAGGAAUUAGGGGACAAGGUGACAGAAGAUGUCACCAAAGAAAUGGAGAAAAUGACUGUCAAGGCAGAUUAGAAAGAGUAAAAGUGAGAUGUAGCCAGAAAAUUUUAUUUGCAAAAUUGUUCUCAUCUUAUAUUAUCCUUGUUAAUACCAGAAAGCUUGGCUUUUCUCAGUAAUGUACUUUUUUUUUUUUGUAUCAUUACCUUUUUGUAGAUACCAUCAUUCCAUAUUUUAUUUAGAUAUUUGUUCACAUGUGAUAAUUGAUGAACUGCAUCAGUUAUUGUCAAAAUGAUGUGCCUUGGAGGUCUUCAUUGGUGAAUGUUUCCCUAGCAUGAACUGUGAUCAGUGUGUUGCGUGUAAUCUCAGUAUGUGUGCAAAUGACGGUUAUAUCAGUAAGAGUGAAAAUCUGGGGAAUCUCAUGAAAGCAUUCAUCUUCAUUGCACGUAAAAGGAAUUAUGUGUGAAAUUGUGGUUCUGUGCUCUUCAAAGAAUGCUAGACAGUUAAUAUCUUGGCAUGAAGGUGGCAGAACAACUGUUAUGAUUUUGUUGUUUAUUAUAGAAGUGAGUAAUUUCAAUGUGUGAUGAGUAUUAUCAAAAAGCUCUAUGCUUUUACUGAUUUUUUUAUUAAUGCAUCAGUUAUAUAUUUUCUUGUGUCUUCUAAAAUAUUAGACAACAUACACCAUGUCUUUGAAUUUAGGGCAUUACAGAACUCAAAAUUUCUGAAAUAUUUGUGGUCUUUGGCCUUUAAUUAUAUCCAGUUUAGAUGCAGCUUUAAACCUCAGAUCCCUAGACAUGUAGCUUCACAUUUUAAUCAAAUCUGAAUGAUAGAGAAAUAGACAGGUGUUGAGUGUAGUUGAUAAGCAGAUCAAGCUUUUUUCAACUAUGAUACUCGCAUGAUGCUCCACAUUUCGUAGGACAUAUCAGAUAGGGGUAAUUCUCUUUAAAUAUUUUGAAUUUCUUUGCGCCUGUGAAAUCAGUAGUAGGCUAUCUGUUUUUUUUUCCUGUUAUAUAUGGGAUUCCACAUUUCUUUUGUUGCUGAUCCAGCAGCCAAGAUUAAAUUUCCAUUCUUCAAUGCAGGUGCAGAAUUGAGUAAUAGAUACGCAGUGAAUAUUUACAGCAGAGUGAGUAGCAAAUUUGAAAUAAUUUGUCAUGAAAAUAUAUGAAUAUAUAUUUGAGCAUUGAUUGGCUGCUGGUUUUCAUUACUUUGAAAUAUAUCUAAUGUUAAUAUUUCAGGGUCAUGUUUUUCAUUCUUGUAGGACGUUUUUGAGUAGAAUCAUGAAUUAAGAAUUGUGUUUGCUAUAUUCCAGUAACAAAAUUACUGUUUUCAUGCAUUGCAUUUUAUUCUUUAAGCUGCAUAUUUUCAGCAAGUAGAACCUAUAUAUAUAUAAAAAAAAAGAAAAAAAAAACACGGAUAGAACAGAUUUUCAAAAUGUGUACAAAUUAAGUUUCUGUUUUGGCAUUACGUGAGAAAUUCCUAAUAAUCCAAUCCAUGUGUCUAUUGCAUACCAAGACUAAAUCUAUAGUUGCUGUAAUUAGUUAUUGGCACUAUGAAAAGAUGAAAUGAUAAUGUUGUAUAUUGUUUUUCUUUUUUUCGAGUAAAGCAUAUGUAAUGUGUGACAUUAUAAGAAAUAUGAAAAAGAUUGGUAAUGCCAAAGUUAAUUAUGCUAUAGUUAUUAUUAGACUUUUUAUAUGGUUUGUUAGAAUUAAUGUUAUAUGACCUAUCUUGAAGGAUAUGAAUAAGCAGUACAACAGUAUAAUUUCAUUUGCAUUAGGUAAAUACAGUAAUACUUGAUUUUCUUUUUUCUCUUUGUAUUUCCAGCUAACAGAUAACAGAACCUUUAGUAAUGAGUUUUCUCAAUGGUGCCUGAGAUGUUAAUGUUGUGGCGUACAUUAUUUUAAGGGAAGCCAGACAUAGUGAUAAUCAUGAAUUAAAGUAGAAAUAGGUUGUUUUCAUCUUCAGCAGCCAGUUUGGCAGCAGUAUUACCACUCACUGAACACUGGUUUUGUCUUUGAAUAGUAUGAAUAUAGUCUUUCUCCAAUGGUAUGAAUUUAAUCUUUAUUUCACCCCUUUUAUAUAAGGGUGUUCACAUAUACCUUCGAGUGCAUCUAUGUAAUUAUCUCACAGGUGUGAUUUGGAGUGCAUUGUAAGAAAACCAUCCUACAAGUGUAUUUUGUACAAGAUCUUUAUCUAUGUAUGUCUUCAUACAGAAUUAGGAUACUAAGUAAUGAAAGGUCUUGCAUGUUGCUUUCAAGCUGUGAUUGUGAUUGAAUCUUUUCAGAUCAAUCAACCUUAAAAAAAGCAUACAGUAACCUGCUAAUAAAAGAUGAAAUACCUUC